AUUGCUCAUUUUUUCAACAAAAAAACUGGGAAACGGGGCAUCAGAUACACCGGAGCCCACCCAAAGAGGACUCAGCUACCGCAAGAGGGGCGAUGUGUUUCCAUGACGACGGCUCUCACCCGGCGCGGCCUUGCCGCUGCGGCGCGGAGUUUAGUACUUCCGGCUGCACACAUUGGCACUUCCGUCUGCUCGGGACACCUCCGGGCAGAGUUUUGACAACUGGGGGUUUCAGGGGCGGUUGGUUUUGUUUGCAGACAUGGCGCAUUGGAACAAGUUCGAAAAGGAUUUGAAGAGUCUGAUCCGGCAGGUCACUGGGCUGCCGGAAGAGAAUCCCGAGUUCCAGAUCGCACUGCAGUACGCCUGGUCUAAUGUCAGAUUCCAUCAGUUUCUUGAUGUUGACAGCAACAAAAUAAUGCGCGUGAUUGAUGGUAUUCAUGAAAAGCUGACAAUUCAUUCAGAGCUCCCUAAAGCUGUAAGCUGGCGGAGGCUAACAGAGGAAUUUUUAGAGUUGCCCCUGGAGACCAUUGAAGGAACAAAGACUAAGGAACACUAUGCAAUAUUAUCUCUCUUGCUUGCCCUUUCUGAUUCACCUUCCAAUUCUCAAUAUGCUGAGAAACGAAGAAAGAAGGAAGAGGUAAAACAUGAUGAUUUUGACUGGGGGAAAUACCUGAUGGAAGGUGAAGAAAUUGAUAUUGGCCCUUAUCCAGACACUCCAGAAUGGUCCGAAGAAGAAAGUGAAGAAGACCUCCAAGAGUCCCUGAGCAGAGAGGACUCAGGUAUUCAGGUUGAUAAAACACCACCAGAAGAACAAGCACACAUGAAGAAAACAGGGCCCCAUGUCUCUUUAAAAGUCAAUGAACCAGAAAUACAGUUGUGGUUGGAGCAGCACGUGGUCACCCAAUAUUGGACAAACAAGUCAUCUAAGUUUAGUCACAGCUUUCAUCUACAUUCCAAUUUAGCAGCUGUCUGGGAGCAGCACUUAUACAAUUCUGAUCCGCUAUAUUAUUCAGAUGAAAGAACACUUGUUACAGAAGCCCAAGUUAUACGAGAAACAUUGUGGUUGCUGUCAGGAGUUAAUAAACUUUUCAUGUAUACAUUGCAUGAUGGGAAAAUAUCAGUGAGAACUGACAUCAUGGUAGCUCAUCUGACCCAGAAUUGUCUGAGAGCAGUAUUGGAACAGGUAGCAGCAUAUGGACAGGUUGUUUUCAGGCUCCAAAAAUUCAUGGAUGAAGUUAUUGGGCACAGCACUGAAAGUUAUACACUUGGAGCUGUACCUACAUCGAGAAAGUUUACUGAGCCGCCCUUCCGAACAUAUCAGUCUUUUGUGUGGGCCCUGUAUAAAUAUUUUAUUAACUUCAAAGAAGAACUUGUCAGCAUUGAGAAGUGCAUGAUAACUAAAGAUGAGACGGUUACCCUAGCAGCAGUACUUGAGAAACUGGCUCCUCGGUUGUCACAACUUAAGAUGCUUCAACGAGUAUUCAGUACAGGAGUAGCAGAGGUUCCACCUGACACUCCGAAUGUAAUAAGAGCUUCCCAUUUACUUAAUACACUGUAUAAAGCUAUUAUUGAAUAUGACAGUGUAGGAGAAGCCGCUGAACAGACGGUGUCUCUUCUUUUUUCUUUGUGGGUGGAAACUGUAAGGCCAUAUCUGGAAAUUGUGGAUGAGUGGAUAGUCCAUGGAAAUCUGUCUGACCCUGCAAAAGAAUUCAUCAUCCAGAGAAACAAGGAUGUCCCAGUGAAUCAUAGAGAUUUCUGGCAUUCUACUUGUACGUUGUUUAGCGUGUCUGAAAAGACUGGAAUUGAUGAAAACACAAAUGAUGGCGCAGGCAGCAGUGGCACCAUUGAUCAAGAAAAUUCCAGUAAACAACACACAAUGGUCUCCUUCCUGAAGCCAGUGCUUAAGCAGAUUAUUAUGGCUGGCAAAUCAAUGCAGCUACUCAAGAACCUGGAAAGUAAGGACAACCAAGGCCAACCAAUGGAAAACACUCACCGAGAUGCAGAAAGAAAAAGUUUGUAUGCACUGUUCCUGGAGUCACUUCAAUCCCGCCUUCGUUAUGGAGAGGGUGCUGAAUCCUGUGAACAUGCAGUUCCAGAGCAACAAGCUACUAAAGAAAGCUUGAUCAAGGUGCAGUCUAUAGUUGCUCGGCACCUUGAGCUUGAUGAUGUUCACGAUCCUUUAUUAGCUAUAACUUUUGCAAGGUUAUACAUGGAACAAAAUGAUUUCCAUGAAAGAUUCAGCAGUGGCGAUGUCAAUGUGGAUAGAUCCUCUGAAUCAGUGACCUGCCAGGCAUUCGAGCUCACGCUUCGCUCGUGUUUGUAUCCUCACAUUGAGAAACGGUACCUGGAAUGUUGUGGAAAAUUAAUGCAAACCCUAAAGACAGAUUACAAGCUUGUGGAAUAUCUUCAAGCCAUGAGAAAUUUCUUUCUGUUGGAAGCUGGAGAGACCAUGUAUGACUUCUAUGUAGCUAUUUUUGAUAAAGUAAAGGAGAAAGAAUCCUGGCAACACUUGUCAUUUUUAAAUGCCCGGUUACAAGAAGCAGUUGGACAACGCUAUCCUGAAGAUAGCUCUAGGUUGUCCAUUUAUUUAGAGAAUAUUGACAUCGUCAAAAAGAGACUUCCUGUGCAUUCUAUUGAUGGUCUGACAUUGAGCUACAAGGUUCCUUGGCCUGUUGAUAUUGUUAUCAGUUCAGAAUGCCAGAAGAUCUAUAACCAAGUGUUCAUACUUUUGCUGCAAAUUAAAUGGGCUAAAUACAGUCUUGAUGUUCUGAGGUUUGAUGAAUGUGAUGAAGCUUAUGAUAAACCACAAGCAACUCUACUGAAGGAUUCCAGUUGGUCAUUUCAAAUGCAGAAGACAUCUGUCAGACAACAAAUUCACAGGAUGUUUCUGCUUAGAGUUAAACUCAUGCACUUUGUCAACAGCCUACAUAAUUAUAUAAUGACUAGGAUAUUACAUAGUACAGGUCUGGAGUUUCAGCACCAAAUUGAGGAAGCUAAAGAUCUGGACCAACUGAUAAAAAUUCAUUAUAGAUAUCUAUCCACAAUUUAUGAUCGUUGUUUACUGCGGGAAAAGAUAAGCUUUGUGAAGGAAGCGAUCAUGAAAGUUUUGAAUUUAGUUCUAAUGUUUGCAGAUCGUUGGCAAUCUAGUUUAGGAGUUUCAAAGAUUGAGUCUAUUGAGAAAAUGGAAUCUGACUUCAAAAACUGCCACAUGUUUCUGGUGACAGUACUAAACAAGGCUGUUUGUAGAGGAUCAUUUCCUCACUUGGAAUCCUUGGCAUUAUCCUUAAUGGCAGGAAUGGAACAAAGUUAACGGUGGUUAUCAGGAAGACACUUUGACAAAGCAUUGCAUCAGAUUAUUUGCAUUCCCAUUGCGUAACACCUAAGGUCAUCAGACUGCCGUGUGGAACCCUUUGAAAUAAAGUUCAUAAAGUUGUGCUUGUUACUACCCUCAGUGGCAGCUGGUUACACAAAAGUACCUUCUAACUGUGAUGCCAUCCAAGAACGGUGGCUGUUAUUUAACAACACAUGACAGAGUCCUUUCAAAAACAAAUUCAAAAUGUAGGAACAUGUGCUUCCAAUGAUUGGAUGGCUGUUGAGUGGUAUUAAGUUAUAAAGUAACCUUACGAACUGAUGCUAACUGUGCAAUCAUUUUCAGUAAUGUUAAUGUAGUCUCAGUGAGACGGGUACCUAUUUAAUAUUCAUUUCAUUGUCUAUAAGUGUUUAUUCUGUAAAAAAAAAAACAAAAAUUCUGGCUUGUACCUACUAAAUAAAGCUAAUGUAAAGUUAAUCAAAGGCCGAUCAGACAAAGGAAGAAUCCGCAUUAACUAAGCUGUGUUAUGGUCAUUGUGUCAAUUUAUGCAAAUCUCAGCAGAUGAGAUUUUAGACUUUUAAUAAUUAGAAACAUUUUGGGUUCAAAAUGAAAGGUUGGCCCUGUUAAUUUGUGUAGGUGACUUGUGAUUUUAUUGAUAGCUGUUGAAAAUGCAAAAGUCAGCAACUUUAAAAAAAAGAGUUGCAGUGAAUGUUGGGGGGAAACAUAGAAUAUUACAGCACAGUACAGGCCCUUCGGCCCACUAUGUUGUGCCAACAUUUUAUCCUGCUCUAAGAACUAUCUAACCCUUCCCUCCCACAUAGCCCUCCAUUUUUCUUCAUUUAUGUGUCUUUCUCAGAGUCUUUUAAGUGUCCCUAAAGUAUCUGCUCCCACAACCUCUGCCGGCAGUGCAUUCCACGCACCCACUGCUCUCUGUGUAAAAAAAAAAGCUUACCUCUAACAUCCUCCUUGUAUCUUCCUCUAAUCACCUUAAAAUUAUGCCCCCUCGUGUUAGCCAUUUUCACCCUGGGAAGAAGUCUCUGACUGUCCACCCAAUCUGUGUCUCUUAUCAUCUUGUACAGCUCUAUCAAGUCACCUCUCAUCCUCCUCCUCUCCAAAGAGAAAAGCCCUGGCUCACUCAACCUAUCCUCAUAAGACAUGCUCUCCAAUCCAGGCAGCAUCCUUGGGAUAGCAAUAGAUAGGACAAAAGAGAAUGUUUGUAAUGGGGUGAGACGAGGUCAAAUGAGUUACUGGUGGCAGUUGGAUGGUGAUUACGCUACUUUGUGUUAUGGUUGCUAAUGUCAGACCUGUAGGACAUGCCCAACUGUUCAAGCUAACUAAGGAACUGAGGCGUGUUGUCCUGCCACAGCUAUUUCUCUUUCCUAUUUAUCCCCCCCCCACUUCCCUGCAAGUUAAAACUAACUUGUUUUUUCUCUCUUUCCCAGUUCUGACAGAGACUGUUUGACUUGAAACAAUAACUCUGUUUCUCUUUCCACGGGUGCAUGUUUCCAGCAUUUUCUGUUUUUUGUUUAUGUAUUUCCAGCAUCUGCAGUUUUAUUGAUUUUCAUUUAGAAACAAAUGAGAAUCUUUUAGUUUUUUUUUAACCAGAAAAAGUUAAGUGACAGCAUACACACGCAUUCACCAGAAUUCAGCUGUGUAGAAUUGCAAAUGUCAUUUGGCCUGUUUACACUUUCACAAGAGUUGAUGUGUUAGUCACAGGGGAACUGAAACUGCUCUGCUUUUCACAAAAUUAAAACAAAACUAUAUACUAUAAAUCUCUCAAAUCUUUCUCCCUCACUAGGUUAAAAAAUAUUUAAAAUGAUACAUAAACAUUUUGUUGAUCAUCAAAGAAUUUUUGAUGGAGAAGGAGAGUUGUUUCUGCUUUUGAGUUCAUAGAUUCAAAUUAGCAUUUCUAUUUUCUGCUCUAUGGGUUGCUCUCUGAGUUCAAUGCUGCCUUUUGUGGUUUUAAGUCAGAUGGAAAGGGACAGUUGCAAAAUUAGUACUGGACAAAAUUGUACAUUAAACAAUCUGUCCAAAAAAUUAUUAAUGCAAAAUGUUAUUUAUGUUUCUCUCCUUGUGGUGCAUGCUGGUAAAAAUGUCCAGCAUGUUGUAUUAAGUUUUGAUGCCUGGAAGAUGAAUGAUCUACAUUUACAGGUUUGUGUCUUUUAAUGGAAACAGCUUUAACUGUAAUUAGGUGUAAUUUAUAGUGGUUAAUUAAUCUACCAGCAGGUUUUUGGGAUGUGGGAGGAAGCUGGAACACCAAAAGGAAAUCCACAUGGUCAUGGAGGAAACAUGCAAACUCUGUACAGAGCACCCAAGGUCAGGAUUGAAUCCAGGUACCUGGGGCUGUGAAGUAGCAGCACUAACUGCUGCACUACCAUGUCGCCUAACCACUCAAAUUAAUUAACUUUUCUCAUUUUCCUGUAGGAUUGAUUAGUAGCUGAAGGCCUCCUAUUUUGGAUUUUCUCAUGAAAAUAUUCUCUUCACAACACUUAUAAUAAUUCUGAAGAUCUCCAUCAUGUGUCCUACAAGUCUUCUAUUUUCUGAAGUAAAUGUCGCAACCUGUUCCCAAUGGGUGUAAUUUCUUUGUUUUGGUACCAUCCAGUAAAUCUUGUUUGCACUUUCACCAAACUCCAGAUUCAUUUUUAAUAUGGAGACCUGAGCAAUGCACAGAAUUGUAAAGCUCAGCCUUACUCAAGUUCGGUAUAUCUUUGCUGCUGAUUGUAACAGAACAAAAAUUGCUGGAAGAACUCAGCUAGUGAAGUAGCAUCUGUGGAAAGAAUAAAGGGAUUACAGUUUUCAAAACAGAGCUGGGGCCAAGACAAUGGAGAUAGCCAUGGUAUAACAGAGGUGGACUUUAAAGAGAUGUUGAUAUAAGGGUAAUGGCAAAUAAGUUGGAUGCAUAAACUCCAUGAGUUACCAUGUCUCAAUUAGUAAUUUAAAUUGAGGCCUUUUGAAAUCAACAAUACAACCAAUAUAUCAAAAUCAAUGUAAACUUUAUAUGUGAUAGGCUUCAAAUUCUACAGAGCAGAGUCACAUAAUGAGUAAAAAUGGCUCAUUACUUUCUGCUAGGAAACUAUUUAGCAAAGGACAUGGCAAUUGCCUUUCAAGGAAACUAUAUCCUACUGAUAAUUUUCCAUGGAGGAUUUUUUGCCUUCCACCUUUUAGGCAGUGAUUCAUUUUGUUUUCUUAUUCCCAUGCAAUGUGAAUGUAAACAUUUCUGCACUAUUUGUAUUCCUUCCUUUUCUGACAUUAAUUUGCACAUUGAUUGGACAAUGUUUCUCUUCCUGCUGCCUAAUGUUUAAGAGGAUGUACGUAUUUUAUCAUGCAGUAAAUAUUUUUGUCGUUGGCCAAUCAUUUCUCCCUGGAACCUUUGUAGGUCUUAAAUUUGUCCUUGUGUAUUUCUUCAGCAUCUCUGUAUCAGUUCUGCUUCCUGCUUCCCAUUCACUUUGAUGUUCUCACACUGGCCAAAAAGUAGGAAAUCUGAAAUAAAAACAUGCAGGGAAAUCAGACAGCAUCUGUGGAGAGAGAAACGGAUAAUGUUUCAGGUAAAUGACCUUUCAUCAAAGUUCCCCGCUGUACCAAGUCAAAAAAAAUGUUGGACUAUCUCGUUUAUACAGCAGGGAAGAAUGUUUCAGACGUUUUCUUUUCACAGCCUUUUGAUUUAAUUUGCUAAAACUUGGUUGUUACAAUAUAAAGCUGAAAAUUAGAUUAACGCACUGUCACAUUUAUUGGUAUUGGUUUAUUAUUG